AGUUAAGAUCUGCACUUUUAACCACCUACCGUUUAUGUAACUUAAGUGAGGAAUCAAAUCGACAAUUCUGUUGUCUUCUGAGCUAUUUUUUCGCAAACAUUUACAUUUUCUAAAACACAUAAUACUGAUAUACGUUUGUGAGAAGAAAUGUCGCUGGGAUUCUGCAUUCGACGCGUGAAAUAAGGAAAAAAGAAAAAUCGUACCUUCGACGUUCCGACAUUUUGUUAAAACGUUUCGGUAACCAGCGUAAUCGAGCGGAUCACCAGUGAUGUGGCAAAUUGGAAAGUAAUUUUGGGAGCUACUCACUUAAAGUAUCUGUACUGACUCGUUGUUUUGAAUUUAAAACAUGGCAGCACAGUUUACAGGACGACGUUUUCAGAAAGGCUUGAAAUUAACUAUUAGUGUUUUUGCUUGUAUAAUACUGAUUUGUGCUCUCUACGGUAUAUGCACAAAGGAAAAUAAUACAUUGCAGCCAUGGAUCAGGAAUCACCUACCCAUUCCAAGUGCAGAAAGGAAUGUUCAAAUACCAUCUAUAACCUGUGACGUUAUGAUGAAUAUCGUAACAAGCUUUCCAGAUUCAUUGGCAAACGAAACAUACCUUGCCAGUAGAGGAUACGAACAUGAGGAUAUGACGAAGAGACGCAACAGACAUAUUGAAUACCUGUAUACCUUAAAAAAGAACAUUGAACACCCGUGUGUUGAGCAGAUACAUUUGUUAGUGGAAUCAGGCAGCGUCAAGGAAUCCAUAAAAACUCAAACAUUGAUCCCAAUAAACCUAUCACGUGUCGAUAAACUUCUCACGUUUUCAGAGAUAAAGGGGAGACCAACUAUGAAAAUGCUGGCCGAAUACGCAUCCAAGAACCUAAUAGGUAAGGUAGUGGCGUUUCAAAACGCUGAUAUAAUAGUCGGUGAAGGAUUUGAAAAUGUUAAAAUGCAAUACCUGAAAGACAUGAGAAUUUUCUAUUCACUCAGUAGACAAGGCGCAAUGAACGCAACUUUUUGCCAGUUGAGGAACUAUUGUGACAGUUAUCUUGGAGCUCACGAUACGUACAUGCUUUACUUAGGCACUCCUUUUACCCCAAAGGCAAUGUCCCUUUUGGAUUUCCCCAUGAACGCCUAUGGAGCGGAAAAUGUCCUUAUGUAUGUAAUCCGUGAAUUCAUGCAUUACAAAUUGAUGAAUCCAUGUAAAGUGUUAAAGAUUUACCACCACCAUUGCUCCAACGUUAGAUCCUCCAAACGAGAGCCACGUGUGAACAACAAAUAUUCGGCAAUAUCUGACCCAGUGAAUUUCCUUUUCUAGAAUUGAUAUGAUGAAUUUCCGGGAAUACAUCCAAGUGGCCGUUUUAACAACAAAUGUUACUUACAGGGUGACACAAAAUAUACCACCCACUAAUUUCGGAAAAGCUUUCUCAAUAAUUAAGGAAUAUACGUGAUUUUAUUUGUGUAGAUAGAAUGUUCAAUGAAAAAAAGAUUGUUGCACUUGGAUAGGAUCAACAACUCUCAGAUUUGGAGAUUUCACAUUUUCCGUCCAGGCAUGCUCUCGGUGAAAUCAUCAAAUCAUGAAAUCUGGAUUUCUUUCUUAGCCAUUAUUUGAGUCAUUUCCGGAUUGCUUUCACUACUUUACCUUUUGAAUAUAACAUCUACCCACUUUUCUUAAUUAAUGUUGUCAAUUUUUUAAAGUGUUUUAACACCAUCAUACUUAUGUCACGGUGUGUGGUAUUAAAAUAGUGAACCUUCUUCAGACUGUUAAAAUCAAAGGCUUGCAAGCCAGCUUCACUCUAAGAAAAAUUGUUUUAUUUAGUACAAUAAUUUUUAUUAAUUCUUUGUAAUUAAAUUGAUUCAAAUUUGUCACCAUGAGGUGCAAAAUAU